AUGAGGGCAGAUCACCGACCGACACAAACCAGCGAGCUAGACUCUACAGGUCAAGGAAUAGGAAACAUUCUCGUUCAGAUGCUUAAGGACACUAGGGCACAACAGCAAUCUUUAGUAGAAGCUCUACAGCUACAAAAAACCGAAAUGAUGUCAUUCGAUGGUGAUCCUCUCAAGUACUGGGGUUUUAUCCGUGCCUUUGAGAACAUUGUGGACAAAGAUACCAUAAGCAGUGAAGCGAAACUUGCCCGACUGUUGCAAUACUCUACAGGGCCCACAAGAAAGCAAAUACAGUGCUGUAGUGUCAUGGAACCUGCCGAAGGAUAUGCUCAUGCGAGGAGUCUCCUCAAGAGCCGAUUUGUAAGCUCUUAUCUUAUAUCAGAAGCUUGGAUAGAGAAGAUCAAUCGUCGUCCUGAUGUAAACGGCAGUAAGGCUUUGCGCGACUAUGCUGAUGACCUGCGCAUCUGCAGAGAGACGUUAUCCACCAUGGGGAAUCUCGGUGAGCUGAACAACAGCAGGAGUCUUCUUCAGAUAGCUGAGAAACUACCCAUGGACUUGCGCCGAUGUUGGACAAACAAAGCUUACCAUAUUAGGACGAAAGAUGAGCGAGUCCCUAACAUCGAUGAUAUGGUUGAGUACGUCGACGCAGCUGCAGACCAAGCGAAUGACCCAGUCUUCGGCAAGCUCGUGCAGGAGCAACAAACCACACAUCGAGCGCACAGUGCCAUGAACCCCACGGGGACUGAAACCCCAUGUCACUAUUGUGGAGGCCGGCACUCGUUGUUUGACUGCAACGGCUUCAAGUCACUGAGACCCGGCGAACGGCUAGAUUUUGUGCAGAUUAAGGUUCGAGGAUAUGGAGCCAUCGGGUUUAUGACGACAUAUGCCCUGCUUGACUCAGGAUCUACUCAGAGCUUCUGUUCAGAGGAGCUGGUGAAGAGACUAGGAGUACUUGGACGACAUAACACAAUAACGCUUACAACCCUAGACAACAAGGACGUUUGCACUGACACCCAUGUAGUAAGUCUUAAAGUGGCAGACUUGGAGAAUGAAAAUCUCAUAUCCAUGUCGCAUGUUCUCACCAGGCCCAAGCUCCACAUCAGCAGUGACAACCUUGUGACAAGAGCAGACCUCGACAGGUGGCCACAUUUGCAGGACAUUACUAUACCAGACAUAAACACUAAGGAGGUUUACCUUCUUAUUGGUCAAGACAACCCUGCUGUAUUGAUAUUUACGGAAGUCCGUGAAAAAGGCUCAGGAGCACGCUAUGCAACUAAGACCAUUUUGGGCUGGACUCUCAAUGGUCCAAUGAAAGCAGGGCCCUCAACUCGUAUUUCCUCACACUGGCAUCGAUGCUGA